AUGAAGCUCUACACCGCAGCCGCAACAGCCCUCUUCCUCACCACCAGCUUCGCCUGCGAUUUCCUCGACAUCGGCAAAGACUGCAAAUGGGAAGGAAGCGCACCAUCCUGCGGAAGCGUCGAUCAUGACAUCGGAUACCUCGACCCAGCGGGUCGAACAUUAGUCGACUGGACGCACGAAUCGAGCCUGGAAGCAUUCUGCGCGGCCGAGAAGAGGAAUGGAGGUAAUUGCUGCGCCGCCUAUGGAAAGGGUUGUGUGAGUGGGUAUAAACGACUCUGGUGCAAGAGUUAUCGUGAGGAUAAUAUUGGGCAUCAUGUUGGUGCGGUGGUGGAUGAUGCGCUUCAUACUGUCGAUGAUGUUCUUAAUGAUGUGCUUCAUUGA